UCAGUAAACAUUAGAACAACAACAUCACAGGUGUACCGCGUUUAUAUAAUGUUUCAGAAAGCUGCUUUCACUGUUAAACAUUACAAGUCUUCAGAUGAAAACAGCAGAAGAUGAAGCAGAAUCUCUUUAACACAGAUUGAAUCACGUGACAAACAGGAGCACAGGUGAGUCUCAAACUGAAAGUGUUUCAGAGACUUCUGGAUUCUGUUCCUGCAGGACAAGACCGUCUGUACUGCUGAAGUCAUGCUGAGCAUCUGAUGGUCUUCAGCGACACAGAGACACCAGAGCUGAGCUGUUUUCAGUGUCAGUUUAUCUGCAGUAAUGUCAGAGGAGCGAGGAAAGGACUCUCUCUCUAAGAUGAGUCUCUCAGAGAAACAGAGUGAAAGAUCAGACUCAGAUGUGUUCAGCUUUGAGUCUCUGAAGAAUUACUGGUCAAAAGCUGAAGCACCAAAAUUCAGUGAGAGAAAACUAUCAAUAAACAAAAGUGUAAGAUCAGAAUCACAUGUGUCCAGCUUUAUGACUAUGAAGAGUGACUGUUCAAAAGAAGAAGGACCAAAAUUUAGUGAGAGAAAACCAUCAACUAACAAAAGGCUUCAGUGGGAGACAUUAGACUCAGACAUUCAGACUCACAGGAAACAUGAGAGUUUCAAAGACAAUCUCCUAGCGAUAUUCCAGGAUCUUGAGAGCAAAAUAAUCACAUUUCUGAAGAAUGAAGUAGAAAGGUUUAAGAAAAUAUUACAAAAUGAGAACACACAACACUUUGUGAAGGACUUUAAUGAGAAUGGAUGCAGUACCAAAGCAGCAGCUCUUGAUCUCACACUACAUUACCUGAGAGAGAUGAAGCAAGAUGAAGCUGCUGAUGCUCUAGAAGAUGAGCUGUUCUUCAUUCAUCAGCUAAAAUGUGGUCUAAAGAAGAAGUAUCAAUGUGUGUUUGAAGGAAUUGCGAAGCAAGGUGACUCCACACUUCUGAAUAACAUCUACACAGAUCUCUAUAUCACUCAGGGUGGCAGUGAACAGGUCAAUACUGAACAUGAGGUCAGACAGAUUGAAGUUGCUUCCAGGCGUCAUGAAUCUCAAGAGAUACAGGUUAAAUGCACACAAUUAUUUGACACACCUGAACAACAUGAGGAGAUCCGAACUGUACUGACAAAAGGAGUUGCUGGCAUCGGAAAAUCAGUCUCUGUGCAAAAGUUUGUUCUGGACUGGGCUGAAGGAAAAGAAAAUCAAGAUAUCAGAUUCAUAUUUCCUCUUCCAUUCAGAGAGAUGAACUUAAAGGAGGAAGAAAAACUAAGUUUGAUGGACCUUAUAACUCAAUUUUUCCCAGAGACAAAAGGACUGAACCUUACAAGAAGGAAUCAAUUCAAAGUCCUGUUCAUCCUUGAUGGAUUGGACGAAUGUCGUCUUCCUCUGAAGUUUGAUGGUAAUGAGACGUGGCGUGAUGUAUCGUCACCAGCCUCUAUGGAUGUUCUCCUAACGAACCUCAUCAAGGGAAAUCUGCUUCCUUCUGCUCUCAUCUGGAUCACCACCAGACCAGCAGCUGCCAGUAAGAUUCCUCUUGACUGUAUCGACCGGCUGACAGAGAUACGAGGAUUCAGUGACGCACAAAAGGAAGAGUACUUCAACAAAAGAUUCACAGAUCAGAAUCAGGCCAACACAAUCAUUGAUCAUGUUAAAAAAUCAAAGAGUCUCUUUAUCAUGUGCCACAUCCCAGUCUUCUGCUGGAUUUCAGCCACUGUUCUCCAGAACAUUCUGGAGGAGAAAAGAAAUAAUGAUGUGAAAAUCAAUCAGGCUGAUGAGAUCUCUAAAACACUGCAGGAAUCAAAUACUGAAGACACUCCCAAGACUCUGACACAAAUGUACACACACUUUCUCCGCUUUCAAAUCCAGCAGAGCCGCCGAAAGUAUGAUGGAGAAUACACACCAGAUGUUUCCUGGGAUAAAGACACCAUCCUUUCACUGGGGAAACUGGCAUUUCAUCAGCUGGAAAGAAACAAUGUGAUCUUCUAUGACACAGACCUGGAAGCCUGUGGUAUUGACGUCUAUAAGGCAUCAGUGUACUCAGGCAUGUGUACCCAGAUCUUUAAGGAGGAAACAGGGAUCAUUCUUGGUACCAUGUACUGCUUUGUUCACUUGAGCAUUCAAGAGUUUAUUGCAGCCCUUUAUGCACAUCUGUUUCUAGACAUCGACAAGAAAAGUGUGUUUGUUCAUGAGUCUACAGAACAGAAAAACAAAAAUGAAACCAUGAUUGAUUUUCUCAAGACUGCAGUGGACAAGGCGCUCAAAAGUGACAAUGGACACCUGGACCUUUUCCUUCGCUUCCUCCUCGGUCUGUCACUCCAGUCCAAUCGACGACUCUUACGGGGUCUGUUAUCACAGCAAGAUGACAAUGACCAGAGCAACAAGAGAAUAGUUCAGUACAUCAAGCAGAAAUUACAAUAUAAUCUGUCUGCAGAGAGAUCCAUGAAUCUUUUCUACUGUCUGAAUGAACUGAAUGACCAAACUCUGGUGAAAGAGAUUCAGACCCACCUUAGCAAAGGAAGUCUCUCAUCUGGUGACCUUUCACCUGCCCAGUGGUCUGCUUUGGUCUUUGUGUUGCUGACAUCAGAGGAAGAGCUGGAGGAGUUUGAGCUUCGGAAAUUCAAGAAAUCAGACGAGUGUCUCAUUAGAUUAUCGGCAGUCAUUAAAACCUCCAGAAGAGCUCUGUUAAAUGAUUGUGACUUGACAGACAAAAGCUGUUCAGCUUUGGCUCCAGUUCUUAGAUCAGAUUCAAAUCUGAGAGAGCUAAACAUGAACAAUAAUAAUCUACAGGAUUCAGGAGUGAAGCUGCUCUGCACCGGACUGAAGAAUAUAAAGUGUAAAUUAGAAAUACUGAGGUUAAGCUACUGUUGUAUGACAGAUGAAGGUUGUUCUGCUCUGACUGCAGCUCUGAAAUCAAACCCAUCACACCUGAGAGAGCUGGACCUGAGCAGGAAUAAAUCAGGAAACUCUGGAGUGAAAAACCUCAGUGAUCUACUGAUGAACCCACAAUUCAAGCUGGAGAAACUACAUCUGAAUAGAUGCAGUAUUACAGAGAAACAGUGUCUCAUUCUGACUUCAGCUCUGAAAUCAAACCCAUCACACCUGAGAGAGCUGAACCUGAGCGUGAAUAAACUAGGAGACUCUGGAGUGAAAAACCUCAGUGAUCUACUGAUGAACCCACAAUUCAAGCUGGAGAAACUACAUCUGAGUAGAUGCAGUAUUACAGAGAAACAGUGUCUCAUUCUGACUUCAGCUCUGAAAUCAAACCCAUCACACCUGAGAGAGCUGAACCUGAGCUGGAAUAAAAUAAAAAACACAGGAGUGAAGCAUUUAUGUGACGUACUGAAGGAUUCACACUGUAAACUGGAGAGAUUGAGGUUAAGCUACUGUUGUAUGACAGAUGAAGGUUGUUCUGCUCUAACUUUGGCUCUGAAAUCAAACCCAUCACACCUGAGAGAGCUGAACCUGAGCUGGAAUGAGCUAGGAGACUCAGGAGUGAAAAACCUCAGUGAUCUACUGAUGAACCCACAAUUCAAGCUGGAGAAACUAGAUCUGAGUGGAUACAGAAUUACAGAGAAACAGUGUCUCAUCCUGACUAAAGCUCUGAAAUCAAACCCGUCACACCUGAGAGAGCUGAACCUGAGCUGGAAUAAAAUAGAAGACACAGGAGUGAAGCACCUAUGUGAUGUACUGAAGGAUUCACACUGUAAACUGGAGAGAUUGAGUCUACAGCACUGUGGCAUUACAGAUGUUUCUUCUUUAACUCAGUAUUUGACUAAAUCAAAAGCACUGCAGUUUUUAAAAGAGCUUGAUCUGAGAGACAAUAAGAUUGGAUACUCAAUGCAGCAACUCCGUGAUGUGCUACGAGACUCAAACUGUGACCUGAGUGUAGAUGAAGAUCAAUCGACAAACAGCCCUGAUGGAUUGUUUUCGUCAUGGUUUAAAUCUGUGAAACGGUCAUGAGAGGAUCAGUGACUAUCAGAUGAUUCUCAGAAGAGUCUCUACUGCAUCAAUGAGGAGAAAUAAAUGUGUGAUUUGAUGUUAAUGUGUAAAUGUUUAAAAAGCAGCAUGUGUGUUAGGAACAUGAUAUUGAAUGAUUAAACUCAUCCAUAAUGAUUAAAACGUUUCUAAUCAUAAAUUUGAUUAAGUGUAGUACUGUCACGACUGCUCUGAGAUUCGAAUGGUUGAGGAUCCAAAUGCAGUUUAAUUAAGGGUAAUCCACAAUCAAGUUCAAGAACAGGCAAAGGGUCAUAAAUACACAAUAAGGCAGUCCAAAAUAUACAACAAUGCAGAAACACACAGGGCAGGCAGGUGCAAAACCAAGGGCAAGAGAACACAGGAUAAACC